UAAAUGCCCCAGACAUGAGCCAGCCCAGGCCCCGCUACGUGGUAGACAGGACUGCGUACUCUCUUACCCUCUUCGAUGAUGAGUUUGAGAAGAAGGAGCGGACGUACCCAGUGGGAGAGAAACUUCGAAAUGCCUUCAGGUGUUCCUCGGCCAAGGUCAAAACCGUGGUGUUUGGGCUGCUGCCUAUCCUGUCCUGGCUCCCCAAGUACAAGAUCAAAGACUACAUCAUACCAGACCUGCUGGGUGGACUCAGCGGGGGAUGUAUCCAGGUGCCACAAGGCAUGGCAUUUGCUCUGUUGGCCAACCUUCCUGCAGUCAACGGCCUCUACUCCUCCUUCUUCCCCCUCCUGACCUACUUCUUCCUGGGGGGGGUGCACCAGAUGGUGCCAGGUACCUUUGCCGUUAUCAGCAUCCUGGUGGGUAACAUCUGUCUGCAGCUGGCCCCAGAGUCGAAUUUCCGGGUCUUCAAUAAUGCCACCAAUGAGAGCUACAUAGACACAGCAGCCAUGGAGGCGGAGAGGCUGCACGUGUCAGCCACGCUCGCCUGUCUGACUGCCGUCAUUCAGAUUGGCCUGGGUAUUGUGCAGUUCGGCUUUGUGGCUAUCUACCUCUCUGAGUCCUUCAUCCGGGGCUUCAUGACAGCAGCUGGCCUGCAGAUUCUGAUCUCUGUGCUCAAGUACAUCUUCGGCCUGACCGUCCCUUCCUACACGGGCCCCGGCUCUAUCGUCUUGACCUUCAUUGACAUUUGCAAAAACCUCCCCCAUACCAACAUCGCCUCACUGGUCUUCGCCCUCAUCAGCGGCAUCUUCCUGGUGUUGGUGAAGGAGCUCAAUGCUCGCUACAUGCACAAGAUCCGCUUUCCCAUCCCCACAGAGAUGAUCGUGGUGGUGGUGGCGACGGCUAUCUCUGGGAGCUAUAAGAUGCCCCAAAAGUAUCACAUGCAGAUAGUGGGAGAAAUUCAACGUGGGUUCCCCACUCCAGUGUCACCCAUGGUGUGGCAGUGGAAGGACAUGGUGGGCACAGCCUUCUCCCUGGCCAUUGUGGGCUACGUCAUCAACCUGGCGAUGGGCCGGACCCUGGCCAGCAGGCAUGGCUACGAUGUGGAUUCUAACCAGGAGAUGAUCGCCCUGGGCUGCAGCAACUUCUUUGGCUCUUUCUUUAAAAUCCAUGUCAUCUGCUGUGCCCUCUCUGUCACCCUGGCUGUGGAUGGAGCUGGAGGAAAAUCCCAGGUGGCGAGCCUGUGUGUGUCUCUGGUGGUGAUGGUCACCAUGCUGGUCCUGGGGUCCUACCUGUAUCCUCUUCCCAAGGCUGUGCUGGGAGCCCUGAUAGCUGUCAACCUCAAGAACUCUCUUAAACAACUUGCGGACCCCUAUUACCUGUGGAGAAAGAGCAAGCUGGACUGUUGCGUGUGGGUGGUAAGCUUCCUCUCCUCCUUCUUCCUGAGCCUGCCAUACGGAGUGGCCGUGGGUGUGGCCUUCUCAGUCCUGGUUGUGGUCUUCCAGACGCAGUUUCGGAAUGGCUACGCUCUGGCCCAGGUCAUGGACACCGACAUCUACGUGAACCCCAAGACCUACAGCCGGGCCCAGGAAAUGGAGGGGAUUAAGAUCGUCACUUACUGCUCCCCUCUCUACUUUGCCAACUCUGAGAUCUUCAGGCAAAAGGUUGUUGCCAAGACAGGGAUGGAUCCCCAGAAAGUAUUACUCGCCAAGCAGAAGUGCCUCAGGAAGCAGGAGAAGAGGGGAGCGAUUCCCAUGCAGCGGAGGAAGUCUCUCUUCAUGAAAACCAAGACUGUCUCCUUGCAGGAGCUGCAGCAAGACUUCGAGAGCCCCUCCCCGACCGACCCCAACAAUAACCAGACUCCUGCAAAUGGCGCCAGCAUCUCCCACAUUACCUUCAGCCCCGAUGCCUCCUCAGCCACCCCCUGUGAGCCCCCAGCCUCUGCUGAGUGCCCACGGGAGCCCAGUGACCCUCUGGCCAGCGUUCCGCCCUUCAUCACCUUCCACACCCUCAUCCUUGACCUGAGCGGAGUCAGUUUUGUGGAUUUGAUGGGGAUCAAAACCCUGGCCAAGCUGAGCUCCACCUACAAGAAGAUUGGAGUCCAGGUCUUCUUGGCAAACAUCCAUGCCCAGGUGUACAAUGACAUCAGCCAUGGAGGUGUCUUUGAGGAUGGGUGUGUAGAGCGCAACCAUGUGUUCCCCAGCAUCCAUGAUGCUGUCCUCUUUGCCCAGGCCAAUACCAGAGAAGCAGCCCCGGGACACAGCUUCCAAGGGGCUCCAGGGGACACUGAGCUCUCCUUGUACGAUUCAGAGGAGGACAGCCCCAGCUACUGGGACUUAGAGCAGGAGAUGUUCGGGAGCAUGUUUCAUGCAGAGACCCUGACUGCCCUGUGAGGGCCU